AUGGUUGUGUCACGAAACCCCGCCCUCUCCACUUUUAUCGCCGUUGCGCAAUCCAGCUUCUUCCUCUCCACUCGCCACGUUUCCCCAAUGUUGUUUAUGGGCCUUCGAAGCCGGAAACGACCGCCAUGGGAACGGUGGACCUUGAGAAAUCCGAGUGACAAGGUCUACCAAGGUUAUUGGCAAAAUUCUCAUUUUUUCCAAGCACAAAAUACGAAAAAAAAUUAGAAAAUGUCCAAAACUGUUAAAUAAUAAAAUUCAGCCAUCCCCACCGAAAAAUUCACCAUAAACUUCGAUUUGACUUUGACAUUUUUGCUGUUUCGAAAGGUCUCGAAGCGAAAGAACAAAAAAAAGCUAUAAUUACGGUACCUUUUUAAUGAUUUUUUCUAGAAGUGGGACCGCUUAGAGCGGAAUACACAGAAAAUUGAAAUAAAGUAUUGAAAAAUCAAUAAUAAUUUAAUGAAGUUUAUUCAGAUUUUUUUCCUGUUUCCAGACUCGUUUUUGUGCAAAAAUUCGCCUCUUAAUCUAGUUAUGAAGAAUAAAAUACAAAAAAUAUGUUUAUGUGAAGUUUCGAUGACAUUUGUUCGAGAAAACGCCUUUUUCAAAAUCUUGGCUGAGAACCUCCCGAAUUUUACAAUUAUUCUUCAAAAUGUCCACCAACUUCUUUCAAUCGGCAACCAAUUUUCUGAUGUUAAAUAGGAAAUUUUUGACAUGAAGUUGAUACAAUUUUCAAUUUGAUACUCCUAGCCACAAUAAAAGAAAACUAGGAAACACUCUGAUUUACUAAAAACAAAAAAUCACCAUAAAAGAGAAAUUACUGCGAACUCCUUGAAAAAUUAGAAAACAGCUAUGAAAACAGCCAAAAAAAAAAUAUUGGCUGAAUCUCCAUAGGAAAAAUUACACUCGAGACUCAUAGAAAUGUUUAAGAAAUCGUAAUAUCCCACCUAGCAGACAAAAUCAACAGGAAAAAUCGUAAUAAACCCCAAAAAGGAAAAUAAACACGAUAAAGCUUAAAUGUGUUGUGGAAAAUGGCUGCUCUUCAAAUAUGGGAAAAAGUCCGACGACCUUGAAAAAUGCAAAAUCUAGAAAUUUUGAUUGUGAAAAACUCUAUUUACACUUUUUUUUCCAUUUCGAUUUUUCAAAAUUUUUACGAAGACGAUUGGUCAAGAAAUUAAAAAAAAUUUCGAGAAAUAAAUUUUUUUUGAGUUUUGGUAAAGCAAAAUGUAACGAAACCGUACAUUUUUUGGUUUUGGAGCUAAUUCUUGCGUUUUGAGACUUCUGAAUUGGUCCGAGAAAAUCAUUUUUGCAUUUGGAGCAAAUUUCUUCUUCUUCCGAUCAACAGUUCAUCACAACUUCCUGCUUUAUAGGUCUCCCAAAAGAUGUAUCCGUACUGAACCCAUGUUUUUCGAGUCUUAGUAGUGCUAAAACGUAUUGGGCAACGACCAGAUUUGGAAUCAGCGUGAAAAAUUACAUCUAGAAAACAUGGUCUCAUUCAGAAGUCCUACUGUGAGCUGAUACCAUUCCCUGAUGAGCUAAAAGCGGUGGAGAAAUGCCGAAAGUUUCACCAGCGGGGCUUAUUUAGGUUUAAUACGGGCGGGCACACCCGCUGAGUCCCGUGUGAGCAUGAGCAGUUCUAUAUAAUUCUGAACGAGAAGUCUAGACUCAGGCAAAUCUUCGGAAAGUGUUGGGAAGGUAACCAGCAGGAGGUUGGAAGGUGAAUGGAAAAUAUAAGGUCUUGAAAAAGCCUUCGGAAGGUAUUUGGAAGGUGAAAAUGGUAAAUACCUGCAAGAAGCCUGCUGGAGACCUUCUGGAAGGCUUCCGGCAGGCUUUUUUUCUAAAGAGAAGGUGUUAAGAACCAGCAGGAGAUUUGAAGGUUUAUAGAAGCUAGAAGGUCUUGAGAAGGCUUUGGGAAGGUUUUCAGAAGGUGUUCAGAAGAUAAUUGGGAGGUGAAAAUGGUAAAUGCCUGUCAGAAGCCUGCUGGAGAGCUUCUGGAAGGCUUCCGGCAGGCUUUUUUCGAAGUAGUAGGUGCUAGGAAGCUAUGUGGAAGGCGUUCGACCAAUUGCUAGAAAGCUUCUGAAAGUCUUCAGAUUCUGAAGACUUUGAUGAAAACGCGAGAGAGUCAGUUGGGAGCCGACGCGGGGGACUUGGCUUUGGCUCCGAGGGGGACUUGGCUGACGCCAGGCUCACUCAUUCAUUGA